CUUUUUUUGAUGCAAUGACAGCACUGAAUGGUGACCACGUGUGGCCAUGGUAGGUUCAGUUUCCAACAAAUCCAAAGACACCCGUCAUCUUACUACGUACUACAAUCUUAUUUUCUUAUUCUUGCCCUCUUUAACUUUUUUUUGUUCGAGGCGGGGGCCUAAAUCAUAUAAAGGGAAAACGGCCCGGCCUCUCUUUCCAUUCUCUCUCUCUCUCUCUCUCUCUCUCUCUCUCUCUCUUUGCAUCUCUUUCUCUCUCUCUCCACGCAUACAGGGCAAACAACAUCCUAUACACACAUACAAGAUACAUUCUUUCUUUUUUGCCCCUGUAAACCUCUAUCUUUCAUGUCAUGAAAUUUGCAAAGUACCUUGAGAGCGAGAGCAUACCAGAAUGGAGAAAAGCCUAUAUUAACUAUAAGGGUCUUAAAAAGCGACUUAAGGCUGUUGACAAGUUCCGGAAAACCAACGAACGUAAAGCGGCUAUAGAACUCGACCAUACGUUUCAGGGCAUCGUUGACCCGGACAGUGACCCUGAACCGGGUAUCAUUGCUCGGCCUGCCAUUUUUAAAACAGACACUGCUGCAACAGGCGAAUGGCGGUGGCCUUGGAACUUUGCGACAAACAAUUCGCAAUGGUUCUCCGAGAACCCGCCAUUGCAUCGACACCAGUCAUUUCCACAAUCACUCAUUCGAAGAAUAUCGUCUCGAUUCAACAAUGACGAUACUGAACUGUAUCGUGUCCCCUCACAGACAGCAUCGAUCCGUAGCUCCACAACAAUGUCAAUAUUAGAAGAAGCUCUGCUACAUGCAAGUGAAUCCGAACGUGUCUUUUUUGCCAUUUUGAAUGGUGAAUUGGAUAAAGUGUCAAGGUUCUAUGAUGAAAAGGAGAAAGAAGCCAGGACCAAACUAGAAGCACUCAAGAUUCAAAUGCAAUUGAUUGCCGAGUAUGGCCGUCGGCUGCUUGAGAUUCCGAACCCAGAAGACCAACCGAGUCGACAGCAACAGCAAAACGGAUAUGGCAUUCCAUUACCAAACGGCUUCAGAGGCGAGGAUGUGCAUCAGAGCUGGUUUGACUGGCUCAAUCGCCAUCGCAACAAACCCGGCAACGGAAUGGUUCCUUUGCAACUGCCACAAGUGUCAUCCACUAUAGACUACUCCGCCGAUCAUCAUGUUGCUCGAAGCAGACUAAAAAAGGCACUGACAGAAUAUUACCGCAGUCUAGAAUUUCUACGCUCGUACAAAGUUUUGAAUGAAACAGGGUUCCACAAGAUUCUUAAAAAGUUUGACAAGGUAUUUUCCAUAACCAGUGUCUUUUAUACUGCCACUAUGGCCACCCACCCACCCACACACACACACACACAUAUAUAUAUAACACGCGUCUUAGACCGCUGGCUGGAAAGCAAGUCAAUUAUACCUGCAACGGUUAAAAAAGUAUCACUGGGUCACAUCCAGCGAGCUGGAUAGUAACAUUAAGGAAACAGAGGUACAUUUGUUAGUUAUCGCUUCAGAGGCACUUCUAGGAAAAGAAAGAACACUUAAUUGUUCCAUCACGAUAGACACUUUACGUUGACGAAUUUGCGGACGGCCAUCGUCGUCGAGGUAUGCGUAAACUGCGCGUACCUGAAAAGCAAGAGGAUUAUAAUUCGACGACGCUGCGUAUUGGCCUGUACAUUGGCAUGGC